CCUAAGCCAACCCCUUCCUUUAUAAAACCUUAUACAACACCUUCUCUCGGUCUUCUUUUAUUAUAUAACCCUAAGAACAUCCAUUACGGCGUCCCUCUGCUCGGAACUUUGCGUUUCAUCUGCAGAUCCAUAGGAAACCUUCUUCUUCAGCAGGAAUGAAGGUUAUCGCCGCAUAUUUGCUCGCUGUGUUGGGUGGCAACACCAGCCCGUCCGCUGAUGAUUUGAAGAAUAUCCUCGGAUCAGUUGGUGCUGAUGCUGAUGAGGAUAAGAUUGAGUUCCUCCUCUCUGAAGUCAAGGGAAAAGACAUUACAGAGCUUAUUGCAUCUGGAAGGGAGAAGUUGGCUUCAGUUCCUGCUGGUGGAGGUGGUGCUAUUGCCGUAGCUGCUAGUGGUGGUGGUGGUGGUGGUGCUGCACCUGCUGCAGAAGAACCCAAGAAAGAAGAGAAAGUUGAAGAGAAAGAGGAGUCUGAUGAUGACAUGGGCUUCAGUCUUUUCGACUAAGGGAUUACCUGAUGGUCAUUGUGUGGUGAAGGCAUUUUUUUUCAUGUUCAAAACUUUGGUUAUGCAGGGUAGACUUGAAUUUUAUUUGUUAGAAUCUAUUGCUUUCCCUUUUUGUGGUAUGACUUUCUAGUGGACGCACAUAUAAGCAUUUUAUUGUAGUUGGAUAAAUGGAACAAAAUAUUGCAUUAACCUAAAUUAUUUUUAGAUCUGUUGAGAAA